ACAAAAGAGAAGGCAAUCUGUCGACCGAUUUCCGCUACGUAUUAUUCCAAUACUAUAAUCUGAAUAUGACUUCCGACAGUAGGCAGGAUUGUAACGCGGGAAAAGUCAGCUGUGCAAUAUAUUUAGGAGGGCUCGGAAUUAUUUCAGUGUUUAGAAACUCAAUAUUUACAUCUGGAUACAACAUACACAGUCCCGAUUUGUGAAAUAAUUUUAAAGUACAAGGUGUACAGCAGUAAUUAAAGAUGGAAAUGCAGAUAUUCUUAUAGGCUGACUUUGUGAGUGAAUGAUAAACAGCGGUCCAUGCAGCUCCCUGUGUUAUAUUCGGAUGGACAAGAAGAGAAGGGUUGGUCGGCAACAUGCGCACAGGGUUGCAACAAUGGACAGUUGCGUCUCUUUCCACAGGGGCUAUGGCUCUAGUCGGACUACUGUUAUCUUUUACAACAACACAUUGGUUGUACAUGAAAGAAACUUGUAGCGAACGUUAUGAAAUUAGUGAGAACUUAUCAGUUCUACUCAAUUUAACAAUGUAUUCCAAUGCAGGCCUUUGGCGAAUUUGCCUACACUCUGGCGAUGAGAAUGAGAUAUCCUGCGAAGAAACGGGUUUAAAAUACGGUUUAGAGAAAAGCAAAGAACGUCUAGAUUCACAAUGGCAGACUGGUACUGUAAUAGAGGCAACAAGAAUACAGUUUCCUCUCACGUGCUUGGCUGUUGUGCUUACUUUAUCUGGGUUUAUAUGCAGCAUUUUCGGUAAUUACAGACGUGAUAAGAAAACUAUUGUUGCUGCUGUUUUAUAUAUUUCCUCCGGUUUGUGCCUCUCUGUGAGUGUGAUUUUAUUCAUUUCACGGAUUAACGAUGAACUGUCUCUUCAAAAUGCGAAUUCCUGUACAGACUUUGAAUAUAGUUACGGCUGGUCUUUCUACCUUAUAGGGUUAUCUUUUGUUGUUGAAGAAACUUCUGCUGUUAUAUCUAUAAAACUUUACCUUAUCAACAGUCUCAAAAAUGUGGGUGAUAUGGUUCGAAUAAUUCCUGGAUUAGAGGAUAAAAUAUUCAUUGAGACAACCAGCUUAAAGAACUAUGAACCAAACACACAAACUCUCAUCUGGUGAUACUGCUUAUUGUUAUUAUAAAAUGCCAUUUCAAACUUCUAUUUUUACUUGUUAAAAUGCUUUAUGUUAUAUAUGUUUCUUAUAUGAAUUUUGUAUCGGUACAUUAGUGUUAAAAUGUGUAUGUUUUAUCGAUGAAUACAUGCGGUACUCUUAAAAACUAACUAUGAAAUGAAAAGUAGUGAAAGAUGUUGUUUAAAAGUGACAAUUGCUGUAUUUAUUUGCCUUAAAAUCAUAAUAUUACGUUUCAGUUUAUAAUUUUAUUCGUAAUAUAGCAUUCAUUAAAUACCGCAUGCUUUAAGAUAUGAAACUAAUGGUGUUUAAAUUCGACUGUCUACGUUAAAUAUGUGAUGACUAUAAGGUAAAGUAAAGGUAAAAUAAUAACACUUUUUACAAACACAGACACACGGACAACUUCAAACAUCAAAACAGCGAUGUAGUGGUUUUCGAAGUAUUCCCCCUUUCAAAUGGAUGCACCUUAUGAGGUGCUUGACCAUAUUUAUCAUCAAGAUAUGUACAGUGUUGACACCAACCUUGCGCUAUUGUUCAGACUGUAAUGAGCUAGUGAAAAACAUUAUGUCUCCGACCUGCAGUAGGGGAGACAUAUUGAUUUAGUGCUGUCCGUCUGUAUGUCAUUAUUUUUUAUGAUUUUUUCCACUUCUCUUAUACUAUUGGCUGGAUUUCAAAUCUAACAGGAGUGAACUGUCCCAAUCUCAUUGUGCAUAUUGCUGGCAUGUUCCGGUUCAGUGCUUUUCAGUGCAUUUAUGGCCCUUGAUUUUUUUUGCCCGCACUUCUGCCCCGAUAUCAACCGAAGGAAUUACACUAAACUUAUCUAAAGUGACUAUUGCCAAGCUUAGUUGUGCAUCUCGUCGGCAUGUUCCGGUAGGUAGAUUUUCGGUGGAGUUAUGACCCUUGAUUUUUCCAAUUUUAUGAUGUGUUCGCUACUUCUCUUGUAUGAUAGGGCAGAUUUCCAUCGACCCGGGCCUUACAGGAUUAGUCAGUGCCAAGUCGUAUCAUGUAUAUUAUUGACAUGACCCUGUAUUUGUCACUUUUGUGAUAUUUUGGCAUCUAGUCUUAUGCUUUUUGACAGAUUUUUUACCAAGCCCUACUGCAGUUAUCAGUUAUAAGUUCAAAGACUAUAUUUGAAUAUCAUCGGCAUGUACCGUUUCAGUGAUUUUAGCAGGUUUAUAGCCCAUGAUUUGUUAAAAUUAUUACAAUUUCGACAGUACUUGCUUGUAUACCAUUAGGCAAACUUUACCAAUCCUCACAAUUGAUGGAUGUGAAGCAUGUGUUGUACAUAUCAUCGUCAUGUUGGAUUUAAUAUUUUUCAGCGCAGUAAUGACCUAUGAUUUUUCAAAUUCUUUUAUAUCUUUACUUCUUCAAUACUAUUGUCUGGAAUUCUGCUAAACUCCGCAGGAGUUACUACUGCCAAGCAUAGUUUUGUAUAUCGUUUGGAUGUUAUGGCUGGGUGAUUUCCCCAGGAGUUAUGACACUUAAUUUGAUGCAUUUUAUAAUUUCUACGUGUUAAAUGGUGGAGGACAUAUGUGUUUCGUCAAUAAACAAUCUCUAGUUCAGAUUUGAUACCGUGCAUAUGGAUUAGCAAAGUUCAUACGCGCAAGGCCCGUAUGAUUAAAAAUCCUAAGAAAUUGAGUAUCAUCGUCAGCACGAUGCCUUCGUGCAUUGCCUUUAUGAGAAACUUAUUCGUGCUUGUCGGUGUCACUCCUUCCGGAACACAGAACUUAACGUAAAUGCGCUGCUCAAUGCGUUAUGACGUCGGCUUUUUUUAUAUUUUCUUGUUUCCACUGCAGACUACUUGUUGUUUGUUCAUAAUCACACUUCAUUUGGACAUUGCAUGUAUAUUGAACUUACAUUAUCGAAAAUGCAUAUAUAUAUUGAUGUUUUUGCUAAACAAGUAUGGAUAUUGAAAAGCAAACAUUUAUUAAAAAUUUAUAAAACUCUGUCUACUAACUAUAAUGUACUACUUUAAUAAAAAGAAAGAAGAGAUUAAGCAUGGUAGUUACUGACAUUAUGUUAAAAUCUUUAGCUUACACUUUACAGUAUUUUUUUAAAUCAAUAGACCGGUGACUGUCUUUAGUAAAUGUUACCAUGGAAAUAAUCAAAAGCGCCACUGCAUUGAUAUGAUACUGAUAUUUAACGAUCAUUUGUUUUUAUGUAUUUUAUAAUUAUCCCAUUCAUGACUGAUCUAGUGCCAGUUUGAUCAUGUUACAAAACUUUAUAUUAAAUGCCAUAAAUACCUGUGUA